UCCUGAAAAUGUCGUCCCAUUUGACCAUUUUGCCCUCCCGCCAACCAUCUCUCCGGAACCAGGGAAUCUGACGGUGGAGCGGGGCUUAGAGUAAUGUCCGCCUACAGUAUAAAUUCGCUGCGGAGUAAGCAAUAGACAGCAUAGGCAUGCACAGUGACCUCGACAGACUAGAGUGUUCGAUCUAAUAUAUAUAUAUAUAUAUCCAAAAGUUAAUUUUACAUUUGUAUAUAUCGAACAAGGAUUGUCACAAACGGUCCAAAUUCGCCGGCCGGCGAAGUGGGUCGUCAGAUUUUAGCGGAGAAUGGAGGUUGAGAGCGAGAAGCCGCCCUCCGAGGGUAAGGUUUGGAGUCUAUUUCGAAGGUCUUUCCGGCAAACGAGCAUUGCCUCUUCUUCUUCUUCGCAGAACCGAAGUCACCUGCAGCUUCAUCAGCUUGCGGAGGGACAGAAUGUUCGUGUCAAGAACCCUGUUUCGUCCAUGGCGAAAUCUUUUCUUCCCGCCAAGCGCAGGCUUCGUCUCGAUCCUCCAAAUAAGCUCUUCUUUCCCUAUGAACCAGGCAAACAAGCCAGGAGCGCCAUUAGGAUUAAAAACGCUAGUAGGUCUCAUGCAGCUUUCAAGUUUCAAACAACAGCUCCGAAGAGCUGCUACAUGCGCCCCCCUGGGGGAAUACUUGCUCCAGGCGAAAGUCUUAUUGCAACUGUGUUCAAGUUUGUAGAGCAUCCAGAAAACAAUGAGAAACUUGUGGAGCAGAGGAGCAGGGUUAAGUUCAAGAUCAUGAGUUUAAAAGUCAAAGGAGGAACAGACUAUGUACCAGAGCUGUUUGAUGAGUGUAAAGAUCAAGUAGCAGUUGAACAGAUUUUGCGUGUUGUGUUCAUUGACCCGGAACGCCCUAGCCCUGCCUUGGAGAAACUUAAACGGCAGUUGGCGGAGGCAGAGGCUGAACUUGAGGUACGCAAGCAACCUCCAGAAGAUGCAGCCCCACGAAUCUUUGGGGAAGGACUUGUUAUAGAUGAAUGGGUGAGAUUCGAAGUAUAUUGUUUUCUGAGUACUUUUCAAUGCUUUCACCUGAAAUUGUUUUAAAUAAUGUUCUAUUCUUUCCUUCUUUCUUUCUAUCCUUUUUUUCCUUUUUUUUUUUUUUGUUUUGGAGUAGAAAGAAAGGAGGGAAAGAUACCUCGCUCGGCAGCAGGUUGAAGGAGUUGAUUCGGUGUAAAGUGUGAAUUUUUUCACCCAAAGGAACAGUCAGUGUGUGUUAACGGGGGAGGGAGAUGUGGAUAAGUGUGUAUCUGGUUUAAGAUGCUUGAUUCUGGUUAUACCCUCCUUGUAGAUGGAAAAGUUUUGAUCAGAAAUGAAGUUGUCAUAUCUGUCAAUGCAGUGUUUCUUGAUUCUUCAUACUUAUUGACCUUUAAUUUUCUGCAAGUUGGCAUUGGGGCUCCCUAUUGCAAAGUUUCUGAACGCUGAAUCCAAUAUAUUUGCCUGCUUCAAGGAUGCUUGUAUGAUAAUGGGGUUGUUUUCAUUU